AUGCCAAAGCUGCACAUUAUUUCUAAGGGCAAUGCAACUCCCAUCUCUGCUCUGGCCUUCGCCUCUUCGGAGUUGCCAAAGGUGGGAUCGAUCUGUGCUCGACGGGGCAGCUUGAGACCGAAAGCCUGUCGUUCGGCUUCGUGUCUGCCUGUUGUCCUGGCAAUCCUAGCCUCCGUCUCGGCAGUUGCUGUUCUUGUUUUUCGCUGUUCGCGCGUUUUUGAGAGGAGUGCAGUCCGGAGCCCUCAAAACCGCAGGCUGGCCAGCUUAGAAGCCAGCUUAGAAGAGAGAGAUGCGUCACUAGAUGCUUGCGGCAUAUCUGGUAACGAAGAGGAGCAGCAACAACGCCAGAGUCUGCAUCGCCCCAGGUUGCGUGCUGGUGAGGAGUUGAAACUUCCUCUUAAAAAGAGGCUGUUGGUAAGUCUCCUUGAAACCAGCAAAAGUGGUGACGGCCCUAGUCCCCACCAGCAGCAGAGUCAGCGUGUCCGUGAACCCGUUGAAUCUCAGUUUAAUUCAUCUGCAACUCAUUCGGCUCGAAAGCCGGAGCCGCCUAAGCUCUCACUGCAUCUGCUUCGCAGCCAGCUCUCUUCAGCGCAUACGCGAAAGCCGACGCACCGCGAUGCAGGCGCAGGACUGCUGAUUCUCCCCCAUCAUCAGCAUGCUGGGAGACAUCCUGCUUCAUCUGCAAAACAGACAGCCCCCCUGAAGGUAUUGAAGGAGCAGCGAGGGCUGCGCCGACUGCAGCGGCAGCAGACGAGGGAGGGCGUUCACCAUCAGCUGCAGCAGUUCCACCUCCAGCAUCAGCAGGAUCUGGAUGAGAGUGUCCAGCAGCAGCAGCAGCAGCAAUGGCACCUGUAUGUGGGGAAAGAUGAUCGGGAGCUCCUGCAGUGGCAGCACGCGCAAUGGCAGCACCUGACUUUGCAGUACCAACACCAGCAGCACGCGCUUCUGCGACAGCACGAGCUUCAACAGCCUUUUCUUCAACGGCCGCAGCAACACUAUUUGAGUCCGCAACAGGAGCAGCUGCAAGUUUUGUUUCACCAGAAGCAGCAACACUACUUUCUUCAACAGCAGGAGCACCUGCACUUGAUCCAACACAAGGAGCAGCAGCACCAUUCCCGUGACCAGAGCCACCAGCAGCUAAUGCAAGAGAAGAAGCAGCAUGGGACUCAGCAGGACGAACGCUCACCGUCGCACGAGCAAACCAGGCGCAAACGGAAGCGGGAACAGAAAGAGGAGCCGGAACUGCUGGAGGAGCAACACACGCGGCCUUUGCAACCUGCCGAUCCACUAUCGGCGUAUUUGGUAGAAGAUCCAUGGCUUCCUGGGGACUCCCCAAGGCGUCAGACGCCUCACCUCAUUACCUCCGAACAGGCGUUGCAGUCUACUGCUGCUAGUGCAGCAGGAGGUCCCUCGAUCUCUGAGGACACCAGCAUGCAGGUGUUUCCGGGAUUUCCACUGCCUCACCAUGCCACCUCUACUCCAGCUGGUGCUGCAGGGGUUUCACAUUAUGAGGCUGUUGCAGUUGGUAUGCCGCAUGAUGGCCCAUCCUCUGCUGCGCUUACUACUGCAGGGCAAGGCCGGGCCAUGAAGUUGCCGAUCCUUUUAAGUUUUCUCACUGGCGACAAUUCUAAAGGUGCAGGGACACCAACAGGAUCCGGUAUUCCUGCAACUGAACCGAUUGAGGUAGUUGCCGAGCUGCCAGGGGACCCGGAUUCUACUCCUGUUGCUAUAAAAGAACAUCCGUUCGUGCGGCUGCCCAAGCCAGCAGUGGAGGAGAUUCCGCCUUCUAUUUUGGUUGAUUUCAAGCAAGCGGUGGCCAGUCGGUGCGGCGUGAAGAACCCGGUGCCGCUGCUGCAGAGGGCCCAUGAGCUGCUGUCGCGGAGGUUUUUGUCUCUUACCCACCUGCACGAGUUGGCGCAACUAGCAAGAGCUCUGAUAGCGCACGCGAUGCAUCAUGGAGGUUUCGAUAUGUCAGGAACCAGAUGCAGCUACGCAGUGGAACGGCUGGGACUACGUUUCCUCCUGCUAGAUGUGGUGGUUUCCACCUUGAUAGUUCUCAGGCAGACGCCGGAUCCUGAAGAUUGGGAUCUUUUUACCAAUUCCAUUAGCCACGAUGCACCCCCGCUGGUCCAGCAACAAACCAACGUAGGGCGACCGAAUUUCUCCAUUAAUCGGGCUCAGGAGCUCAGCAUGGCAAUACGGACACUCAAGACGGGAAGGAGGCCGCAACCUGCAGAGCUCCUGCAUAUCAAGCGGAUGCUCUUCUGCUUGCGGACCUCCCCAAGGAACUUCAGAACGAACGAUUUCAAUGCCUGGAGGGCGGAUGACCACAGUCCCACAUAUGGGCUGUAG